CUUGCAGCUCGGCUCAGCUCGGCUCAGCUUGGCUCAGCUCAGCUCAACACAAAUCGAUUCGGGGAAAGUAGGAGGAGGGAGGAGAGGAAGAAGAAGAAGAAGAAGAAGAAGAAGAAGAAGAAAAAGAAGAAGAAGAAGAAGAAGAGGAAGAAGAGGAGGAAGAAGAAUGAGGGAGUAAGAUCACCAAUCUGCUGCGGUGCGGGUCUGCUGCGGUACCGGUUGGUGUAGCUGCAUUGAAUGGUGGCGGAUGGCGAAUGGUGGAUCCAGCAGACCCAGCAGAUUCAGCAGAACGCGCAAACCAAGGGCGGCCGAGGCGAGGCGAGGUGAGGUGCGGAGUACAGUAACAGCGAGGUGCCAAGUGGGUGUGCGUGUGCCGGAGCGCGACGCAGGGCGAGACGCAGCGAGAGAGAAGGUCAGUCCGCGCGGGUCAUGCUACGCGGAGUCUGCGACGCCGUGGUCUACAGGCACUGAAGCCAGUCCGCAGGCAGUGAGGCCAGUCCGCACUCACUCCUGCCCCACACGUCUCCAGCGCGACACGCACGCAGGAGGAGUAAACCGAAACCAUUCCGCGAAAGCAUCCCCCGAAAGCAUCCCCCGAAAGCAUGGAGUCACAUCGACAUGGCGGCGCGAGUGGAGUAUGGAGCGUGUGGAGUAUAGAGCAAUUCAAUUCGUAUCCUAUCCUAUAUCGUAUCCUACAGCUGUACAAACCACCUUCGACACCUUCGACACCGAGGUGCGCUCGUCUAGUCUAAUGUGCAGUGGUGCACACUCUCUUCUGCUUCUCCUCUCCCCCCGGCCCCCCUCGCCACCCCUCUUGCUGUAUAUGUGUGUCCAGUACUUUACGCGCUCCGAUCGCAUGCAAGUGCAACGCCAAUGCCCAAACGCCGGUGAUGCGUGGCCUCGUGUGUCUGUGUCUCCGUCGUUCGUAUCCACUCCUCUUUAAUCUGCGCCUUCACCUUCCCCCCCUCAAUUCCCCACCCACCA